GGGGCUCUGCACGUGCGGAUCACCUAGUCUGCAGGUGUGUCAGAGCAGGUCAGCUGGAGCAGGUGACAGACACAGUCAGGGCCUGAGCAUCCUGCUCUCCGAGGCCCAGCCCAGACACGGGAGGGGAUAAAAAUCUCGUGCCCAGGGCCCCGGGGCAGGAACUCAUACCCUGCUGAUCCUGUGUCGCGUGCGGCCGGGUCCCUGCCAUGUCUGCCUCCCCGCUCCGCGCCCAGAGGGGCUUCAGUGCCCUCUCAGCCUGCUCCACCCACCCCAGGGGCAACAGCUGGGGCGGCUUCAGCAGCAGGAGCUUCACAUCCUCCAGGGGGUGCCGAGCAGCCACCCGCGGAAGGACCUUGGGGGCGGGGGGCAGGCAAGGGUUGCAGUCUGGGGGGGCCCAUGGUGGGUCUGGGCCUUCCCUGUGCCCAGCUGGAGGCAUCCAGGAAGUGACCAUCAACCAGAGUCUGCUGACCCCGCUGAAGAUUGAGAUCGACCCCCAGUUCCAGGCUGUGCGGACACAGGAGACCAGUGAGAUCAGGACCCUCAACAACCAGUUUGCCUCCUUCAUUGACAAGGUGCGCUUCCUGGAGCAGCAGAACAAGUUCCUGGAGACCAAGUGGGCUCUGAUCCAGCAGCAGGGCCAGAGCCAUGGCCCCAGAAACCUGGAGUCUUACUUUGAAAGCUACCUGGCCCAGCUCAGGAGGAGGCUCGAGGAGCUCCAGAGAGACCGAGGAGCUCUGGAUGCUGAGCUCAAGUCCUGCCAGGACCAGGAGGAGGAGUAUAAGGCCAAGUUUGAACAGGAGGCUCAGAGGCGCACCACGGUGGAGAAUGACUUUGUGGUCCUCAAAAAGGAUACUGAUGAAGUUUUCCUGAGAAAGAUGGAGCUGGAGGACCAGCUGGAGUCCCUGAGAGUACACACCUGCUUCCUGAGACGUCUGUAUGAAGAAGAGCUUGGCCAGCUCCGGACGCAGGCUGGCGACAUGUCUGUGGUCCUGUCCAUGGACAACAACCGCUGCCUGGACUUCAGUGACCUCAUCGCCGACAUCCGUGCCCGAUACGAAGAGGUCACUCAGACCAGCAAGGCUGAGGCUGAGACACUGUUUAAGACCAAGUAUCAGGAGCUUCAGGAAUCAGCUCAGCUUCAAGGGGACAACAUAAAGGCCUCUAAAAUCCAAAUCACCCAGCUUCAGCAGGCAAUUCAGAGGCUGCAGAGCCAGAUGGAGAACCUCAAGAAGCAGAAUGCCAGCCUGCAGGCCUCUGUGACAGAUGCAGAGCAGCGUGGGGAGCUGGCCCUCAAGGACGCUCGGGCCAAACUGGAGGAGCUGGAGGCAGCUCUGAAGGCUGCCAAGCAGGACAUGGCGCAGCUGCUGAGGGACUACCAGGAGCUGAUGUGCACCAAGCUGGCCCUAGACGUGGAGAUCGCCACCUACCGCAGGCUACUGGAGGGCGAGGAGAGCAGGAUGUCUGGGGCAUGCACCAGCCAGGUCACUAUCUCCGUGUCAGGAGGCAGCGCUGGUGUGUCUGGAGGAGCUGUUGGAGGCCCAGGAGGUCCUGGGGGCACUUGUGGACUGGGAGGUGGAAGAGGCCACUUUGGGCCCAGCUGCUUCAGCAUCGUGACUGGAUGUUCCAGUGUUGUGACUGGAGGGUCUAGUGCCUUCAUGGGCUCAGGACAGGGCUCCGGGAAGGGCUCUCUUCUGGGCUCCUGCUCUGUGUCAGGCUCAGGCUUGGGCUCUGGCUCCAGCUCCAGCUCUGUCUGCCACACCAUCCUGAAGAAGACAGUGGAGUCGAGUCUGAAGACAUCUGUCACAUACUGAGUGGCCCACACCCACCUGCUCCUCCAGGCUCCCCUGUCCCAGCCCCAUCACACCACCCCUGUAUGACCAGCUCUAUGUCCACUGCCCACAGCCCCAACCAGACUGCAGGGACUCUGCAGAUGUCAAUAAAGCUGUGCCUACCUGAUGCUCCAGGUGCCCGCCGGCUACCCAUUG